GAAGAGCAGAUGAGGAGGAGUGACUACUGAUGAAUAAACGAUCCCCUCUCUCUCUCUCUAUAUAAAAUAUUUUUCUCCGCGCGCUGUCCCCAGUCCUCCCGAGACGGUUCACCGCCCCUCCCCCCUCGAGCACACACUAAACACUCACACGGUCCCGGCGAGGGGACUUUUGUUGCGGAAAAGACCCGUCCUCCUUCUCCGUCGUCCCACCCAACUCGGUUCCAGGAGAGAUCUUUUUUGAGUUCACAAACAGGGAGACUUUGAAACCCGGCCGGACUUCGACCAUCUUCUCUCUCUCCCCGUCGCUGACUCAUCCCCCCCCCACCCCGGAGGCAGAGACCAUGGCUGAGUACGGCUCCCUGCUCAGCGACCUGUCGGAGAACAUCACCAGCGAGGACCUGCGGCAGCUCAAGUCCGCCUGCAAGGAGGACAUCCCGGAGGGGGAGAGCGACCACAUCGCCUGCUCCCGCGACUGGUUCACCUACCUGGAGGAGCGCAGCAAGCUGGCCCAGGACAACCUGUCGUACAUCGAGCACAUCUUCGAGAUCUCGCGGCGGCCCGACCUGCUGACGCGCGUCAUCGAGUACCGCACCACCGUGCUCAAGAUCUCCGAGGACGACGAGAUCGACACCAAGCUCACGCGCAUCCCCUCCGCCAAGAAGUACAAAGACAUCAUCCGCCAGCCCUCUGAAGACGAGAUCAUCAAGUUGGCCCCCCCACCUAAAAAAGCAUGAGGUCACGACGCGACUGCGACCUUUGCACCUUGACCUCCAUCCCUGUCCUGUCUAAUCAACUAACCAAUCAACCAAUAAAUUCUGAUGAUAUCUUAGCCCCACCCCCUCCCGAUCUCACAGCCACGCCCCUCCUCUUCUCCCCGGCACAUAUACAGCCACACAAGUCUCCUUAGCACCCAACAACCAAUCAGAAUGCUGCAACGCGCACCUAAUCAACCUCAUCGUCCUCUUGCCCGACCCACAGUAGAGUUGUCGAGAAAAGACGUUCCGUCGAAAGAGAAGGAAAGAAGGACGGAAGGACAGGUGGACAGGACAAAGGGAAGAGAGAGAAGUGUGUCGUCCUCUUCCUUCACCCAAUGGUUUCGUUCCCAUAACUUUAUUCCAUAGCUAUUGUGUUAAUGGCGUGUGCGUGUGCGUGUGUGUGUGUGUGUGUGUGUGUGUGUGCGUGUGCAGAGAUAUCAGAGAUUCAGUUGGUAGUUGUUCAGCUAUCCAACUGGAGGACUCAGUCUUAUUAAAACAAUAACAGAAAAGGCUUCAAAAGACAUUACAGUGAUGUCAGCCCGUAGGCAGAGGCUAAACAAUCCAUUCAUGAAUCAAAGCAGUUAUUUUAUGUUGACGUACUUUAAGAGUCAGGGUGUUGUAAAAUAAGUAAAAGAAUGCAAUUCAUGCAUUAGUCAUAAAAAAUAUGUCGUUCUGAACAAGGAAACAAUGAAACAAAAGACAACCUUCAAGCUUAGGCAUCUUGAAAUGUACCAAGACACACCCAAUACAUUUACAAUAAAGCCAUGUACAUUUACAAUAAGGUAGAUCCAUCUAUAAUAAGGCCGAUACAUUUAUAAGAAAAAGUAAUUAUUGUUUGCUUGGCUCAACAGUUUUAAAUGUCUGCCGGUACAUUGUAAAAGUACUAUAGCCCUUUUAGUGGACAAAGACAAUUAUAGCCAUCGGCUUCCAAGCAUGCUUAGUUAUAUGAGAAGCUGUCUCGAGGGUGUUUCUUUCUUGAUUUAUCAUACUGACCAUAAUUCUCCUAAAAUAAUAAAACAUGGUUGCAGCUGUUUGGAAAAGUACUCGGCCUCUUCAGAUGUCGUACAAAAUAAGUCCAAAAGUCCAUAUGAGACAUCAUAUUUAAAAACGUUUUUCUAAAAUAUAUCUAUUUUUAAAACCAAUAUUUGCCUUGAGCCUUUGUUCACUCCAUCGAUUGAGAAGUCUUGUGCUUGAGAUGGAGAAAUCAUCUCACAUCCAUCGUUUCACACCAACACAUCAUUUGUUUUAAUUUUGAAACACCAGAUGGGUUUCCACUAGGCAUCACAGAGAAAAGGUUUCAGGACAAGAAAGCUGAAAAAAAACCUGGCUGACCAAAACGCCAAACAUGACACAAACUAAUAGAUUUAAAAUGUUCCAACACAGACAACUAUUUUAUUAUCCAAUAUAUUGAAAUUACCUUAUUCAAGUCCCUACAGGCUUCGCUGGACAAUGAUAGUCUGACUGGGAAUAGUAAAUUGGAAUAAUAAUUCAAAACUUAAACUAAAAUUAUACCUCUAAUAGAUAGAUAAAAAAUUAUCUUUACAAAAAAUAUGUGAAGAUGUAAAAAACAAUGUGAAAUACAUGUGUGCUCCAUAUAAAGUUGGAUGUGUACCCUGGACCAUGGGUUAUGAUAGGAAAAUUAUAUUUUGAAAAAUACAUUUUUAAUGAUAUCUGCAUUAUGUGUGCAUUACACGUGCACAGCUAAAUGCUGCUUGUCACGUCAUUGGUUGCACAGAAAAUAAACAUCCAAUCCGUAACCUCCCACCGCACGGGAGAGAGAGGGAUGUGCAUCAUGAAGGAGGCUACUUAAUAACCCUCAAUUAUUGUAUUCAAACUUUACCGCGUGAACGAGCGGCUUACAAACCACCGACUUGGCCAUCCUGGUGCAUUAUGGGAUGUCUGGACACCAACCAAAUAGCUAACAAAGACUGUUGAAGUUAAACUAUAACUGCUGUUUGAAUCACUGUGCAUCUAUACUCCCCGCGGUCAAGCCUUAGCAGACGUCGUGACAUAACUUAUCUGCGGCGUAGUUUGUUUGUUUAUUUUUUCAAACAAAGAAUAUGUCUGAACUGUGAGAAAGAUUGCGUCCAAUGUAGUCCUGUUUUGCCUUUGACAGACACAUGGCGUGCAUUCCUUGAAAGGAAAUAAAAAUGAUAACAACAAUAAUCCACUCACCUUUUUGGACAGUAGUACGUUUAUCGAUACUGGAAGUCUGGAACGACAACGAAGGACUUCGGUGUUGUACUUGGGUGUUUCUCAGAGAUGUACUGUGGCUCUAUUUCAGUGUUAAAGUCCCAUGUUUGAGUUUGGAUUGAAAAUCACAAUGUUAUGUUAGAUGAUGCCCCUCCCAGUUAGUAGGUGGGUUAGCAUUAUUGAAGACACUAUCGGUCCGCUCUGACUAAAGAUAUAUCCCAGUUAUGGUAAGCUACGAGCUAGCUGAAAUGUACACAUCAUUGCGACUUUAAUACGAAAAACAAACAAAAAACGCAUAAUGUCUGGUUAGGUCAAGGUAGAUUGCACCUCCCCUCAAAAGAGCCCAUUUUCCCUUCAGUAUGUUUGCAACAGUUACACCUUCACCUGUUCCCAGUGCCAAUGACCAAGACUUUUAUUUUGAAGCUUCCCAGUAGCUGUGAUCGGGGAUGUUGUAUUCUGUAUUGCUUGCCAUAUAGUGUGUUGUACUAUUGGAUUGAUUUGUAUUUCUAUGCAUUUAAGUUGAUGUUAUAUAUGAAGCCUUUUGCUCUGCUUACGUUAAAACGUUACCCACUAAAUGGGAUUUUUUAACUUGUAAAGCAAAGGGGGGGAAACCAGUCGUCUGUCCGCUAUAACUAUUUUCUCCUGUGUUUUAUAAAUGGAGAACGUCACAAGAGAUGUGCAUCCAGUCAUUCAAGGGCAAAAACAUACCAAACUAAUCCUCCCAUCUAAAAUGUCUUCAAAUUCAAAGACAUUUAAGACGCUUUUAAAUUCAAUUAAGUAGGCCUAUCACAAUUCAUUAAAUUUUCAAUUUCUUGGCAGCGACAAAAUAGCUAGCUAUUUCUUUUCUAAACAUCGUUACAAGUAUAAUUUUACAGUCAACUGUUUCUGAUUAUGUUAAGGGCAUGUAUUUAUGACAUUUCAUGUACAUACUCCAGAAAUCGGAUGAAUUAUUAGUACAGAAUAUGCCUAUCAAGGGCAGACAGAGUACUGCCCAACUAUACUGCGUCUGCUGAAUAAAAAACUCUCCAACUGCAAUCUGUGACACCACUCGACAUGGACUCGAACUAGAAGCAGUAUUUGUAUUCACUGCUAUGACCUGUAGCAAACAGGCAUUGGUAAACAAGGACAUUAUUAUCAGAAAGAAUUCCACAGUUGCUGUUGAACAGUGAGUUACCAUGGAUAUAUAACACCAAGGCGUUUUUAUUUCAUAGCAUGAGCAUAGAUGUUUGGUCUUGGGAUUCAAUUUGUCGUUAUAUUCCAUUUUACACAAUGUUUAAAAUGCUUUUUGAAUAGCAACUUGUGAUUUCAAAUGUAUGUGACAAAUCUCCGUAGAGCCCCAUUCAGUGGACUGUAUCAAGAAGGCUGGUAGGUUGAUCUGCCCUUCAUACUCCUGGGCAAACACUCCCACUUGUGAUGUCAUAAAAUUGGGGCCGUUUCAUUGGUUGUAGGUGUCGUGCAAUGCAUAUAUGUUCACAGAGCCAGGGCUUGUAGUACGACAGCGAAAAGCAUGCAUGGAAACAUCGCAACCAAAAACUUUGACAUCCAAUUAUAUUUGUUGAUGUUUUUCAGACACAGGCUUGUGCAUUAGUGUGUAUCAAGGCUGAAAACAUAGAGCCUACAUCCAAACGUCCACUUGAGCGUAUGGGAGCCCUACCCAAACUUGUUCUCCAUUGUUAAAGUCUUGUUCUGCAGCCAUUACACAUAAUGUAUCAACAUAUCAGCUGCAAACAAUGUCAACAUUUGGAUUUCAAUGUACCAAGUGCAUCCUGACUGAGUACAUAAUAACAACAAUAACUACGAGCUAUAGAUAAUUGUUCAAACUAUACACAGCAUGACAAUAGUUACCAACGAUUCUAAGCAAAUCCCAUCCACCAAUAUCAUACUCCCUAAAGCAUAACAGCUAUGCUGUUCCUUCGGACUAGAUUGUACAAAUGGUUUGUGAAUAUAUAUAUAUCAAUGUGUUUUGUAAUUGAUUAAUUUAUUUAAUGCCUCUAUGUUGUUUUUUAGGUAUCCUGAUGGCGUACUAAUCGGAAAACAAUUAAUUAACGGGAAUUAAAAUAUGUUUGCUUAUCUACAAUUAGACCGCCAUUGUUAAACCUUUUGAAUUCAGAGCAGUCAGGCUACAGCGCUAAUAUAAUGUUAUCAUGGUUUAGUCGUAUCAUUAUGCUUUGCCGUGAUCUCUAUUGUGAUCCAGCGGGUUCCUCUUGCAUCAUGUGAGUGUUCAACAGGUGUUCGCUCAGUGUUGAGGCGUAUGGGGCACAAAGUGACGCUGGGCAACAUUAGCUGAUUGUAGUAACGAACAGCUAGUGGAUUUGGAAGCAUGGAUUUUUCGUUUUUUCUAGACACCAGUUCCUAUACAGUAUUUGAAAGAAAUGGUUAUGAUCCUAAAACUAGUAGGAUAUAGAUAUCAGAGAAAAACAGGUUAAAAACACAUGAGAUUCACAACUUCUAAACGUGGCUCGCAAACUAGAUCUAAAUGUGGCUAGCAAACGCCAGUUGAGCUUUUGAGUUUUUGGUUCUAAGAGGAUUUUAAAUAUUAAAUAUUAAAGAAUUAUGUUACAAGAUUUCAAGAAGGCUCAGGAGAUAACAAUAGGAGAAAGAAGAAAAUUAUGUUUUUUGUGUGGCUAAGUCAAUGGCAGGUGAUGUCAAUUCUGAUAGUAUGUAUGACUGGUCCCUGAAGUUUGAUUUUCAGUGAUUUGCUUACAGUUUAAGGAGGUGGGGGUGGAUGUGAUAAAUACAUGAUCAAACGCGGCAGGUCUUGCACAGAAUGCUGUAAAAUAGUAGAGGUAGCGUGAAUAGAGUUGUGUUGUGUUGGGAUCUUGUGAGGAUCAUGAAUGAGGCUAACAUUGUGCAACUUGAUGCUGGCCUUAACCACUAUAACCACUAUAAGUAGGGAGUGUGAUGGAAGAGAAGAUUUAGUGUUCAAUGUAAAUUUUGGAUGAAAUGACGAUGACAUUUGUCCUUCAAAAAGGGGCCAUUUUGUUUUGAAUUCACCACUGCUCUAAUAAGAAACGUUGUAAUCUCUGCUUUAAUGGCGAGACAUUGAACAAUCUCUUUUAUUGCCGGUCCUUGCCAGGUCUGCCAUUGUUUAAAGCCUCCUGUUUAGGUCAUCUUCUUUUCCAAGCAGUAGACCGUAGAGGUAAUGUUGACAACUGACCGAAGACUAGGAUCAUUGGUAGUACAGUGGUGUAUAGAAGAUUGAUAAAUUGAUUCCCAGUGGCAUAGAUAAGUUGCUUGAUGGAUAGAUGGAUCGCUUUGAUUGGUUGGUUAAUGUGUGUGUUUGAGUGGACUCCAAGAGGACAGCUGGUACAUUCUGUUGGAUAGAUUACAAGGGGAACUUAAACUGUUUUAAGUCAACCAGUAAAAAGUAUUUUAUACCCAAAAUGAUAUUGAUUUCGAAUGAAAAUGCCAUUAACUCAGUCAAGCAAAGUCAAGCAAACAUGAUUAAUAACGAUUAUUUCUCCUUUGUAGAAAAUUCAAAUUGUAUCUGUGUCAAAGUGGCAAUUAUUGUAAUGGGGAUUUAAAAACACAUUUCAACUCUGGUAAUGGGGAGGUUAAAACAUAUUUAAAAUACUGUAAUGGGGAUAUUAAAACAUAUUCUAUUGUUGAAUUGUGGAUAUUAGAAAACAUUUAACACUUGAAUUUAGUUUGAAAUCCAUCAAUUCCAUGCUGUUCAAAUUUGCUCGUCAUGUUUUGCAAGUCACCUGUCAGGCAAGUCACACGUUAGUAAUGUCGGUGGGAAGAACAAUAAAAACAUGUGGUCAAGUGAUGUCUUUUGUUUUCGUUGUGAAGUUGGUCAGAUUGUGUGUCUAAGUUGGUCAUUCUUUAAGAAGAAAUUCGGCAACAGCUCAGUUAAUGCAUCCUCCAGCUUUUACGUUCGACGAACUCUUCUACAUUAACCCACUGGAGGCCAUGGCAACAGGCUGAAUACAUGUUUAAAUCUGUUUCAUUGAAAGAGAAUAAAAUCAAAGAUGCAUUUUACACCUUUCAAACGUGUUAUUAUGAUGUACAUUGUUAAACAAAGUUCUUCUGGUGUGGCUUACCUAUCAAGGUUUAAAUGAGACUGAACUGAAAUGCUGUUUUGUCAUUGUGCUAAUCUGAAUAUAAAUAUUAUAUUAUAUAUUAAAAUAUAUUUGCUAACUGA